AUGGCUGCAUCCAACCUCCCUCCUUGGCGGUCCCCAGAAGAGUUCGUCAACUCGCCCUCGCCGCCACCUCUCUCGUCCCCGUCAACGCCAGCAGAAUCGUCGAUACCCGUCCUAUUAACAGUACAAGAUAUCCGAGAAUACAUCGAAAAUGUCACCCAAGCCCCACUAGACGAAUACAAGCGCGGCAUACUCUCUUUUAUGGCUUUCCACGCACGGGUUGUCGUCGCCAAGAACGACCAUAUUUAUGAGUUCUCGAGCGAUACACCUGUUGAUGAGUUGACUUUGAGCGAGAUAGAGCGCCAGUGGGGCCAGUUCUUGGUAGCUGUAGAGGGCCUGAGACCAGGACCGUUGUUUGCUGAGUUCAGGACCCUGAGAGCGCAGAUACGGGAGCUUGAGGACCGCUUGAAUGAGUACGAGGAUGUGACACCAAGCCGCGAUCAUAGGUUUGAGCAUCCAUCCUUUGAUGACUUUGAGGAUGACGACACGUUCGAUGAGCAUAAUGAAUCUGACGUCGAACAUCAUCGGGAUGGAGCAUCUGAAGAGGGAGACCCUUUGGCCCAUGCAGGGGUUGCUGACGAUUUCGAUGAUAUGCGCGAGAUUUCUGAGAACAUCUCAGCUGAUCAAACCGAAUGGGGUAGCGAGCCUAGUGUUCGAGAUAACUGGGCCGAUGUCGGGCUUGAUGAAGAUGUUGCACCUGAAGUUCAAGACGAUUGGGCUGAUAGAUCUGAAGGCGGGGCUGAUGCGGGGAUUACUGAAGAUUUCCCUGGCUUCGGCCAGGUUGACGACGAGGAUAGAGCCCCUGGAGUUCCAGGGCCUGAUGAAGAUGCUAUAUCGGACCGGACUGGCGCAUAG